CGGCAGCAGAGGCUGUGGCUUUGCAGGAUUGCGGGUCGGAUUUUCUCAACUUGUGAAUGCAGUUAAAUUUAUUUAGGAUUAUUUUACUCUUGGCCCUGUCCAACCGGCUGCUGUACUGCCCCAUCUGGAAAGAAAAUAUUGCAUUCUGCUUUAAGUUGCACGCACACACGUGGAAAACAUUUCAGGUGAUCCCUGCGGACCCUGGAGAAGGUAACAACCCUAUCCUUGCACAACUGGUUUACGGUGAAGAAAUUUGUACGUUUGUUGCCCAGAUGCACCAUGUCUUCUGGAGACCAGCAGCAGCUUCGACCCCUGAUUAAGCCAACAUUCACCGAAAAACAAGCCGCUGAACUGGUCCGAAGAAUAUUUGGCCUGGAAGUCUCCCAGCUCAAAUCGCUGCCCAGCUAUGAUGAUCAGAACUUCCACCUAAGUGCUGCUUCGUUCCCCGAGAAAGGAGAAAGCACUCGGGACUUUGUCCUCAAAAUUAUAAACGCUGAAGAUAGCAAGAAUACAGAUCUUAUCGAGGUGCAGACCCAGAUAAUGAUGUUUCUGAACAGCGAAGGUUUUCCCGUGGCCAUGCCCCAUCUCACCCAGGAUGGCAAAGUGAUGUUUCUGGAAACAGUAGAUACUGGAUCCUCCACCCAGACGUUUGCGGUGAGGUUGCUGAGCUACUUGCCAGGCAAAACUGUGGCCACCCUCCCUGUGACUCCUCCAAUUCUCUUCGAGAUUGGACAGAUGGCAGCGCAGCUGGAUAAAGUGCUGGCAGAGAAAUUCCAACAUCCGUUGAUAAAAAGCUUACACAGAGGUGAAUUUAUCUGGAAUCUGACAAAUGUUCCUUUUCUGAAAAAAUACAUUUAUGCUCUUGGCAAGAGCGAGCAUCUGAAUGCAGUGGUGCAGGUGAUCGAGCAGUUCCAAAUUAAUAUCAUUCCAAAACUGAGCACCUUUCGGCCCUGCAUCAAUCAUGGAGACUUCAAUGAUCACAAUAUUCUAGUCGACCUUGUUUCAACAUCUCCAAAUCCACAAUACAGAAUCUCCGGGAUUUUGGACUUCAGCGAUAUGAGUUACGGCUACUACGUGUUUGAAGUCGCCAUCACCAUCAUGUACAUGAUGAUCGAAAGCCAAGAGCCUCUCCUGGUGGGCGGCCACGUCCUGGCUGGGUUUGAAAGCGUGGUUCCUUUAACCCCAGAAGAACGAGACGCUCUAUUCCUCCUGGUGUGUGGGCGGUACGCCCAAUCCCUUGUGAUUGCCGCUCACACCACCCUCCUGCACCCCGAGAACGAAGAAUAUUUAAUGAUCACAGCCAAAACGGGGUGGAAGCAUUUGAUGAUGCUGGUUGAGAUGGGCCAAGAGAUAGUUGAGCAAAUCUGGUUCCAGACAGCAGAAUCGUAUCGGAAAUGAUCCGUCAGCAUCUCUGAGAGCACAGUUAUGGAUGUUAUCAAGUUGGAACCAGGGAAAAAUCAGCAAAAAUUUAAAAGCCCCAACUGCAAAAGGUUUACGUGGCUAAGAAUUGUUUUCCAGGCCCAAUGCACACUGGUUAUACAUGUAAAACAACGUUUGGUUUUAUUUUGGCAUGUGUGCCAAAAGAGGGAAAGGAAAUGUCAAGCCCUGAAUUGUCAGGUUUUUGCAUUCAGAUGUUCAGCUGGGAAUUUGUAGCAACAACUAAUCUUCAUACAGAACAGAAACUUGUUGAUAUCUUCAUUAGCACAUUCUGCACUUUGUUGAAUAAAGUGAUGUUCUUCAUAGUUUUUA